AUGUCCGCAUUGGAGCAGUUUGUAAAUGAGCAAAAGAAAAAAAGCGGAAUUCCGGGCUCAGCCUCAUUUUCAUCGUUUGACUCAUUGAGAAAUAAAUUAUCAACAUCGAUAAGUGGAUUACCGCUGUUAUCGAGGAGUGAGACAUCAGACACCGCACAGCUUCUGGCUGAUGGUGACAAUGAUUCUCAACUUCCAUCUUCAAAGAACAGAAAGAAUGGCGGUUGGUUUUCGAGUCCGCAGGAGGAAAGCAUGUUCGGAAUGACUCGAACACAACGAGUUUUCGCAUUUUUCAUGUGCAUUAUCGGUGCAAUUUUUUGCUUUUCAACGGCAGCUGUUCUCAUUCCGGUCAUUCUGGUCUCGACGAGAAAAUUUGCCGCUCUCAACACACUUGGAUCAACAAUGCUUAUUUUAAGCUUUGCCUUUCUGUUGGGCCCUAAAUCGUAUUUCCAACAUCUGACAUCACCUCAGCGUCGACUCGUCACUGUAUCCUAUUUAUCGGCUCUAUUCGCUACACUUUAUUCGUCGUUGUGGGCGAUUCAUCGGAAAAUGAGAAUCGCAAAGUUUUUUGGUUUGAAUGAAAAAUGGCUUCCGAUGAAUCGAUCGAGUUGUUCGCUCAGCUUUGAGAUUUAA